AUGGACUUUAAAGAUCUCUUCUCAACCCUUGUUGUUAGUUUGCUGCCGCUUUCGGCUCAUCGUGUCCGAUUGACCAAGGUUGAAUACACCUUUUUGUCCGAGGAUGCUAUUAACAACCUGGGCUCUCUCAAAUUCUCUCAAUCCAAUCGCAUGCCUGACCCCAAGGACCCCUCCCGCAUUGUUACCACCACGACAACCACCACUUUCUCCAUGGCUAAGGACAUGGCUCGUUCUAUCUGUCAACGGUUUCUGGAGGCACGUUUUAUCGAAUCAGCCGAUGGUAAAUACCAGCAGGUUUACACGAUGAAGGGCUCUGUCUGGCAACUAACCCCCAAGGGUAUUACCGUUUUGGAUAGAUUCUGUUCCAGGAACGGUAUCCAGCAAAAGCAAGUUUCUGAACUCGCCAACCUCGCUUCCACCCAGCUGGUGCUCCUUGAGCGCGACCCUCAGACGGACAAGCUUCUCCACGAUCACGGAACAAUCGAGGUUAUCUUCCGCCGAUUUGCUGGGUCAGAGGGCCGCAACAUUAAGUCCACUGUCAACGCCGCCGACUCAGACUCUCUACAUGACUACAGGGAUGGACUCACAGGAGUCAAGAUGGCUGCUGAGCGCAAGGUGAAUGGAAAGACAUAUCGUGAUACCUUCACUGGUAAGGCUACCACUGAUUGGCUCAUGGAUUGUUCGACUAUUGUGGAUAAGAGAGAAACCGUCGAGGUGGCCACCCUCUUUGUCGAGUUCGAGUUGAUGGAGCCUGUAGCCCAGGACCGAGCUUACAUGGCUCAGAACCCUGGCUGCAACCUUUUCCAGCCCACCAAGUAUGCCAUCUACCAACUAUCACAACGCGGAAAGGAUAUUGUUAGCGGCGCUGCCUCUCGAGGACGAGCUUCCGAGAGUGAAGGCGGUGCCACAUCUCAGCGAAACGGCAUCACCAGAGACUCCAACACUCAGCGCCUUGAUAAGAUUCUUAACGACCCUGCUCUUCGCCUGCUUUUCCGUGAACAGCUCCGGGAUACUCACUGCGAAGAGAACUUGUCCUUCUACCAAGAUGUUGAUGAGUUCGUGCGCAGCUGCAAGGCUGCUACACGGGCUGCUCAAAAGGCGCCUAACACCAAUGCUAUGGACGGAAUUAAAGAGAUUAUGGCUUCAGCAUAUGGUAUUUACAAUGCCUUCCUUGCUCCCGGAUCGCCUUGCGAGCUCAACAUCGAUCACCAGUUGCGUAACAACCUGGCUACACGAAUGACUAAGGCCGUUGGGCAGGAUGUGGCUAUGAUUGACACACUUCAAGAAGUGACGUCGCUGUUUGAGGAUGCUCAAAACGCAGUCUUCAAGCUGAUGGCUAGUGACUCGGUACCAAAAUUCCUUCGCAGCCCCAAGUACGAGCAGCAAUUGCGAAACUAUGAAUUCGACGUUGUUGGCCGAGGCCCCGAGCGAAGCCAAAGCAGGUCCAACCGAAAGUGA